UACCUCCUUCCCCUCUCAGUUUCAGUCACUGGUUAGAAAUGGCAGUAACUGAGGACCCCUAAACCACUCUGGCAAAUUAAGAAGAAAUGCGUCGUUUAAAAUGGAUUAAAUCAUUAACGGGAAUGUCAACAGUCCAGUCGUGAGCUGUAACGACAGACAGAAGAGGAACCAGCGGCGUGUAUCUUUUCAAACCGCAGCGUCUGUCAGUCUAUCUGUGUGAAGUGUAUUUGUUGGGAAUUCCUCCAUGAUGCCUGAGGUACGGGACCUUUCAGACGCCCUGCCAGAGAUGCCCAUGGACCCGAUCACUGGCGUAGGCGUUGUGGCCUCAAGAAACAGAGCUCCCACCGGCUAUGAUGUGGUUGCACAAACCACAGAUGGAAUUGAUGCAGACUUGUGGAAAGACGGCCUGUUCAAAUCCAAGGUGACCCGUUAUCUGUGCUUCACCAGGGCUUUCUCCAAAGAGAACAGCCAUUUAGGAAAUGUGCUUGUAGACAUGAAGCUCAUUGACAUCAAGGACACGCUGCCUGUGGGAUUCAUUCCCAUACAGGAAACUGUGGACACACAGGAGCCGGCGUUCAGGAAGAGGAGGUUAUGUAUUAAGUUCAUCCCGAGAGACUCCACUGAAGCUGCCAUCUGUGAUAUCCGUAUCUUAGGACGCUCUAAACAGGCGCCGCCACAGUAUACGUUCAUAGGCGAGCUGAACAAUAUGGGGAUCUGGUACCGUAUGGGAAAGGUGCCACGGACCCAGGACUCUUCGCCUGUACAGAACAACUCAACCACCAACAGCACCAACAACAUCCAGACUGUCACCAACAACUCCACUCCAGCGCCAGUCUUGCCCAAGCACAUAUCCAUGACCCUGCCAGCAUGUUUCAGAAAAAGCACAACCAGACCAGAUUUCGAACACCAGAACUCCAACCUCUAUGCCAUCUCUGCUAUGGAUGGAGUGCCUUUCAUGAUUUCGGAGAAGUUUGCAUGCGCCUCCAGUGAUCUGCAGCAGGUGGAUCUAAUGGGCAUCAGAAUUAAAUCACUUGCAGAGAUUGAGAAGGAGUAUGAAUAUAGUUUCCGGACGGAGCACAGCGCCGCGGCCCGUCUGCCACCCAGCCCCACCAGAACGUCUCUGGGCUCUGAGGCCUAACGCUCACACGCUGGAGGGUUAGAUGGAGAGGAGGAGAUCUUCUGACUUCUGAAGACCUGAUCUGAGCAGAGACUCAUCCACCUCUCUGAAAGUAAAACAGACAGAGGGAAAAAUAGGGAUAUUGUUCACUUUUUUCCAUAAAAUUAACAAAUGUUUCUUGUGGUCAAGUUCAGUCUCUCUUAAGUUGAUGCUGCUUUUUCAUAAAGAGCUUUGGACGCCGAGCGGAUCUCCAUCGCUACAGUGAUCAAAUCAAAACCACUACCGUGUUUCUUUUAUUAUGCGACUAGUAUUGCAUCUAAAGUUGUGUUCUGACUUUAUUCUGGCUGCUGGACUGAGAUGCUGUUACCAUAAUAACUUCAUGAGGGGUCACACUUGGACAAACCCUUAAGAAUUUACAUUUGAGCCCCAAAGUCUGCGUACAUGUGGAGGAGUAUUUUUUUUUUUGUUUGUUUUGUUUAGUUUUUUGCCUCUUUUGGUUCAUUCGCUUGCUCAGUUUUAUUUAGAUCGCAGCGACUGCAUGAGUUUGUUUUCGAUUCGUUUAGAAAUGGAGCCUAGUUCACUGCACUGUUACAGGACUUCUGAAACAUUUCAAUGUUUUUGUGUUUGUCUGGAGAAAAAGAGAUUAGAACAAACCCUUGUACAUAGACGAGCGAUGAAUCAGGAAUGCGUUGUUUUAGAAUUGUGUGUUUUCCCCUUUUUGUCAUUGUAAUGUUCCUCCUGAACUGAUCUGUCACUCCUGUCACCACUGGUCACCUUUUACUGAGAUUUUACUCUCUUUCAAUCUCGUUAUGAUGUUCGAUGGUGCUCAAGCGUUCGGAUAUUGUUUCUACCAGUCCAUUUGUGGCUUCUGACAUUUAUGGUGAUAUUUUUUUGAAACUUUUUUUUGUUUAACAAGCAAGUAUUUUCACGGUCAUGUCUCACCCUAAAAUUUGAAGAAAAAAUAAAAAAUUACAUUUUGCAUAAAGAAAAAAAAACUAUAUAGAUUUUUAUGAAAUUGAAACUUAUUUUCUGCACAAAUACUCAUUACUGCAAUACAAAUUAUGUACUCUUUUUCCAUAUUGUAUUAAUGAAACUUUUGGUAGCACUUAAAGCCUUUAUGUAUAAUGUAUAUAAAUACAUAAUGUAUAUAAAGUAUUCAUAAUAUGUCAUAAUACAUUAUAUCUUUUCAGUAAUAAUUGCAAACAUCGUUAUGUAUUUUAAUUAUUCUACUUUCUAAAGUUGGUUAUUCAAUUAAUUAAAUCAUAAAUGCUUUAUAAGGUGCAUUAUCAAUGCAUUAAAGUUACUUUUAUAAUGCAUUAUAAAGGCUUUAAAGUGAUAACAGACUUUUUUUUUAUUGCAUUGCAGCAAUGGGAAUUUAGGGUAAAUGUGCUUAUAUCUGAUGAAAAAGUAAGUCCAAAAGAAAAGAAAAGUGCAGCUCUUUUGCUUCUUUAUGCAAAAUACAAUUUCUCAUUUCUUUCUUUGGAUUUUUUUGGGAUGGGCUAAACAUUUCUCGACAGUUUUUGUGAUUCAAACUUUGUCAUUAGCCGUUCGGUUUUAGUGCACCAUUGCAGUCCGGAAGCAGCUCACGCAGUGAAAUUUUGAGUCGUGUGAUUUGCUCCGUGUGCCACUGCUGCUUUAUUAAUAUGGUGAUGAUUAAUAUUGAAAGUACAGUGUUAUUAUGUCCGGACGUUUUCUAAGAACGCCCUGCUGAAACAGCCAUCUCAGGUGAAAGUGUUCAGCUUGGAAACACCAAGCGUCUGAGUGAUUAAAGACGCCAGUCCGUUCAGAUGGCUUGACACCUUCACUGUGAGACUUUAAUCAAACACUCAGAUGGGUUUUAGGUUUCUUACAGUGGAUUAUAAUGUUUAAGCAGCUAUAUUAUUGUUACAUGUUCUAACCACUAUUUUAAAACUUUGAAUUUUUCUGCAAUUAACCACAAAUCUGAUUUUCUCUUCUUGUCUGGGGCAGUCAGUACCUUCGGAUUUUCUAAACUGAUUUUUCAGGCAUCGAUCGAGCCUGAGAUGCAUUUUUUACUUCUAUUGAAUAUAAUUUAAAAUUCAAGAAUACGUCUAACCUGUAUGGAAAACCAGGUUUAUAGAUCUAGGAACCAAAAUUAUAGUUUUAACAUCAUAUCUGAAGUUGUUGGCUAAUAUUACAUGCUGACGUUGAUGUCGAUUUUUCAUUUCAUUCAUUUAUUUAUCUCAAAGGCCCUAUAGGAAUGCAUGCAGCGUUAUCUAUUUUUUUCAACAUUAAAGUGAGGAUUUAAUUUGCCAUUUCAUAGUACUCUUUCGUCUAAUUAUUUAAUGAUUUUAUAUGAAGACUAAUUUAAAUGUUUAGGAAUGUAGCUAGUAUGUUUCCCCAAUAUAUAUAUAUUUUUUUGGAACGUUAUGUUGGGAAUUGUUGCGUGUGUCGAGUUUCCAAGUUGGUCACAUAAACAAAUACAAUAAAACAUGUUUAGUUACUGCACUGCGUAAAUAAACUCCUGUUCACGAUUUUA